AUGAGGUCAAUGGACGCUGAUCAAUGGAAAGCAGCUAUGGACAAGGAAAUGAGGAGCCUAAAAGAUCAUGAUGUGGCGGAUCUAGUCCCAAUUCAGAGUCUACCCCCUGGAGCUAAGCCUAUUGGAUCAAGAUGGUUGUACAAGAUGAAAGCAACUGGAGUAAUGAAGGCAAGACUCACCGUACAAGGCUGGGGACAACGAUAUGGCAUCGACUAUGGAGGAACUUAUGCACCUGUGAGUCGAUUCAGUUCGCAACUAGUAUUAAUGGCGAUUGCAGCGGAGAGAGGAUACGUUGUGGAAACCAUGGACGUGGUAACUGCAUUUCUUCAAAGCAACGUGGAAGAAGAAGUGUACGUUCGUCAAGCCAAAGGAUACGAAAUAACGGAUGAAGUUACGGGACUACCACUGGUGAUGAAGCUCAAGAAAAGCUUAUACGGACUGAAGCAAAGCCCUCGGAACUUCGGCAACGCAUUUGCUAAAGGGAUUAAAGAAAUCGGGUUUACUGCUCUACUGAGUGACCCGUGCGUAUAUGUGUACGGAGCUGGACCGACAUAUGCGAUACUAUGUGUGUACGUGGACGACUGCACACUAGCCGGAAGGACACCAAGUGUUGUACAAGACUUGAAGAAGCAAUUAUCGGACAAGUUCAAGAUGACCGAUGGAGGACCGGCGGAACUACUACUAGGGAUGGAGAUUUCUCAACGUGACUGA